UGUCGGCGCGUGGGGCUUUUAAUCUAUAUAAGAAGGAUAGAAUGAACGAUCAGCGCGAUUAUUAACAUGUCUCCAGUGAAAAGUGAUGGACGUCUGUUUGUGGGCAUGAUUCGGCUGUGACUUCGGGAAUUGAACAGUGUAAACGUGCUUAGUGACAGUUUUCUUCGCCCCGAGUAGUGCUAGGAAGCUUAUGAUCAAUCAAAGAUUAGUUUUAUAGAUCACACGUGAUCGAGGGUUGGAGUGCUUGAGUGCAGCUUUGUUUUUUUAUUGACUAUCAACAGUGUUUAAGAAGUUGAAUAAUUUUGAAUCACGCGGAGGAGAAAAAACUGUGCGGUAACUAGGAAAACAGUGGCUGUCGAUUCGCCCGAAAGAUGAAGUUUUUGCUUCUGCUGGCAUUAUGCCUAUUCAGUGCCAUUCUGUGUUCCCACGCGCAGCCGAUGAAGGUUAGCAAACCGAAGGCACUAACCACGGGACGAGACGAGCGCGUGUUUGGUGCUGCAGCCGCUGUUUCCACAACUACGCAGGCCGCACCACCCGCGCAAAAAGAUGCCAGCAAGUACCUGAUACGGGUUGUUCCCCAGGAGCAGGAUGAGUUCGAAAAGCUGCUGGAUUUUUUCGCAGCUGGGGAGAUCGAUUCGCCCGCCGGGUCAGCAGAAUCUCCCCAAAAGACAUCAUACGGCUCCUAUAGUCCCCGACAGGACGAUCUGACCGAACCACUGCUGCCACCACCGGUCGAGCAGAGCGAACCAAAUUACUACGUCGAAAAACCGAAGAAAACUAAGGGAAAGAAAUAUAUUCCUAACCAAAAGUUGGUGAACAUCAAAAACUUGGAGAACGUGGAAAAGAUCGAGAAUGAAAAAUCCAAACUGAAUAGUGAACAGGGAGAGGUCGACGAAGAAUAUUUCUUGGAUGGACUGGAUCUGGACAAGCUGUUGGCUUCGGCAUGGUUAACGCAAGCUGACGCCGACAAGGAGGCAACCGGAAAACCGAGAGAACUGAAGCAAGCGGAGUUGAAUACCGGAGAAUUCUUUCCCAGCCAGCAACGACGGAUGGAUGAAAAUACUAGGAGAUUGCCGAAUGAAAAUGAAGGUGCUCGUGUUGAUUUUCAAUUGCAUGGCCAUAAAGGGCCAACCAGUUAUGCCUAUGGAUAUGACACGGGUAAAGGGAAGAAUCGGCAGUUUCACGUAGAAGAGCGGGAUGAUAACGGAAAUGUACGAGGCCGUUAUGGUUACGUUAUGAAAAGUGGAAAGCUCCGUACCGUGAAAUACAGUUCAUCACCUGAGAAGGGCUUUCGGAUCGAGAAUUGAGAGUGUGUAAUCUUCUAGUUAUUUAUUUUUAUUGUAUUGUACAAAUUC